AUGAUUGAUGAACUGUUGGUUCACAUCUCUGCCCCAACUACGCGACAAAGCGACCAACUCUACCAGUCUUUGGCCGAUGCCUAUCUUACAUUUGAGGCAAAUUUACCUCAUCGGGAAAAUUCCCGGCAGCUUGAUGUUGCGAAUCAAUCUGCCCUGCCGGGGUUGAAUGAUAUAGCUCCAGGGCAAGGGAGUUUAUUCCGAGGCACCGCGGACACUUCCAACUUAUCUAUGAGCAAAGAUUCUUACGGCAGCUUCCCGUCACAUUUAUCUUUGAGUGGACUUAAGAAUCAUGAGAAUGCUACCAUUCAGUCCAAUGAGCAUGUAGUCAAAGAUCCACCGCUCACGCCCGGUCGACUUGCUCAAUCAAAGCAUGCACGCCAUGAUGGGAAAUACCGAAGAACUCUUAGGUCGAGCUCCAUCAAGGGAAAACCGCUAGCGGAAAAGAUUCCAGGUACUCCAGGCGAUGUCGACCUAGGCUUUGUUGAGGACACGCAGCCGGAUACUGAAGUUCUCCAGAGUCAAUUACAGGACAGCUAUUUGAAGAGUUAUGACAAUACACCUGCAAAUGAUACGGAUGAAGAACGGAUUCAAGACAGCACUAUCGAGGCCUUAGUCACAGCAACACCUGAUACGAAAGAAGACUUUCCAGAACGUCGACGAAGUAUGCGCUUGAAAACGGCGAGUAUCGUAGCAGAGACACCUAUGCCCACUGCGAAGCUGUCUGCAAAACCUGAUGCUAUUGCAACAUCCCAAAGGCCUGUCAGUUCAGACAGUGCUCUGAAUCCAUCCUCGCCAGCAUUAUGGCAUACGACAUGCGAAGAAAAAGAGCCUGAGGACAGUAGCCAAGUCACUCCACCUAUAGAUUUCUCCAAACUUCAAAUCGACGUUUAUCCACCAGAACCCAAGAUAUCAACAGAGCAACCGGGUACGCUGCCUUCUCAAAUCACUCCACAACUAGCAGCACUCAAACAGCAAAAUCCGAAGCGUUUCAAGCCAAUCAGGAUAGUAAAUAAGCCGAAACCCGAUGAUCGUGGGUACUGGUUAAUCAGCUGUUCGCAUUGGAGUGCGCAGCUUCAACAAGCAUUUUGGAACAACAUCUGUGAGCAAGUCACAAGUGGAAAACUCGGCUGGGGUGUGAUGCUGUACCGAGAAGGUCGCACUUCUCGCUCAUUGGGCCAAGUGAAGCUGUACUGCUGGGGAGAGAUUGUAGAGCAUACAUGGUUAGUCUUAUGGUUAUGCUCUGAGGGGAAAGUAUCGGGUUCGAGACUGCAAUGGAUUGAUGCUGAUGGAAAUGCGGCGUUUUCAAUGUCCUGA